GCGCGGGCGGAGCGGCCUCGCCUUCCGAUUGGUCGGCUUGCUCCCCGCUGUGCCCGCCCCCCGGCACGCAGCCAAUAGGAGCGGGGCCCUCGCGCCCCGGCCGCCCUGCCCCCGCGCUUGCCGCAGGGGCGGAGCGGGCGCUGUUCUCCUUGGAGCCAGGGGCGGCAGCGGGGGCAGGGACGGGGCGGAGCGCCCCCCGCGUCCGGGGCUGGCGGGCCCCAGGGGCAGCCUGCAGGCAUCCGCACUGCGGAGGCCGGGCGGAGCUUGCGGGCUGGUCUGUGCCGGUCCGGUCCGGUCCGCCCGGCGGCGGAGCGGGCCCGCCCUAUCCGUGUAUGUCGGUGGCGGUGCCGCAGCAAGCCGGGCCUCCCGGCCGCGGGGGCGGCGGGCGUGGCCAGAGUGUGCCGUGUGCUGAGGAGACGCUGGAAAAUAAAUCCCAGCUGCCGGCCGGCUGCUCGGAGGUGGCGCCUCCUGGCCUGGUGUGGUCGCCCUUCGUCCCGCUUUCUUGUUGGAUUGCUGUGUUCCGCUCCUUCUGCCCUGGUGCCGCAGGUCUGACGCUCAGGCCGUCGAUGGAAUUCAGUCUAUGUGAUCCCUCUUUCCUUGCAACUUACUUUCAAAGGGAAGAAAUGAGACUGAAACUUCUGCACCGUCAGCUGAGAUCUUUCCACGCUUUAACAACAAUAUGCCAGUGCCAAAGCUUUAGCAAAACUGGAUAUCUGCUAUUAAACCUGGAUAAUGAAGUUGAAAGAGCAGCUCACAGAACGGCAAGGUCUUGGGAUUUGUAUGCACUGAAACCUGCAUUCCCUUGGUUGACAAGUCAAGUGCAAGUCAAGAAUCAGCAUUUUCUCCAAGGAAUUCUGUCUGCUUUGGAAAGAAAUGUUUAUUAUCAGAGUGGGGAGGGUUUUCUCUCAUCCUGGAGACGUUUGGGGGCAACAGUGAUGGAAAACUACAGGCUCAAUACAGAGUGGAUCAAAAAGCUUAGGAACACAUCAUCGAGAUUUUAUGCAGUUGUGUCAGCUGGUAAAACUGUCCCCAAAGCCAGUAACCAGCCAGUUAAGAGGCCACCAAAGGCACCAAGGACCAAGCAGCCAUCCAGAACGAACCUGCCGCUCUCAGACAUGGAGAAUCUGAUGCAGUGCACAGCCUUUGCAACAGCAGAUGAAUAUCACCUUGGUAAUCUGUGUCAUGACCUGACUUCACAUGGAUAUGUUGAAAUAACAAGUUUGCCUAGAGAUGCUGCAAAUGUUUUGGUGGUCAGUACUGAGAAAUCUGCAAAAGAAGAUGAUCCUGGCAUGAUUUUUUUCUUCAGGGAAGGGGCUGUUGUAUUUUGGAAUGUGGAAGAGAAAAGUAUGAAGAAUAUCAUGCGAGUGCUAGAGCACCAUGAAAUUCAGCCAUACGAAGUUGCACUGGUCCAUUGGGAGAAUGAAGAGCUGAACUAUAGAAUAGGAGAAGGUCAGUCAAAGCUCCAUAAAGGACAAAUCUUGUUAAAUUCUGAGCUGGAUAGUGAUGAAGUUAUUCUGCAGAAAUUUGCCUUUUCAAAUGCUCUUUGUCUUUCUGUGAAGCUAGCUAUUUGGGAAUCAUUACUGGAUAACUUUGUGGAAUCUAUCCAGUCAAUUCCUGAGAUUCUAAAGUCACGAAGGAAGGUGAAACUCUCUCAUGCAGAUGUGAUGCAGAAAAUUGGAGAACUCUUCGCACUAAGACACCGUAUAAAUCUGAGCUCAGACCUGCUAAUAACACCAGACUUCUACUGGGAUAGAGAAAAACUGGAAGAGCUUUAUGACAAGACUUGCCAGUUUCUCAACAUUAAUCGCAGAGUUAAGGUAAUGAAUGAAAAGCUCCAGCACUGCAUGGAGCUGACAGACCUAAUGCGAAAUCACCUGAAUGAAAAGCACGCGCUGCGCCUUGAGUGGAUGAUAGUAAUACUAAUCACCAUAGAGGUUCUGUUUGAACUUGCAAGGGUAGUUUUCUGAUGACAGAACAAACUCAGAAAGAAGAAAACAGACAAAACAAUAGAAAACACAAGACUUGGAAAAUUCCGAUCAGAUGCUUCUGGAGAAUCAUAAAAUUGUGUCUCUUGAUAAAUCUCUAAAUCUUCUGAUCAAAUAAAAAAAAAAUUCAAAUCAGUCUGUGAAAUUAUUCCCAGCCGCUGUACUAAUAAUGUUAGAGAGGGCUUAACCUAUGGAUGGAUCUCAUCUGUGCUGACUGUAUUUGGUGAAAGACUCCACUGCUUUCUCCCUUAACAGUUAAAAUGAUGCUGAAUAAAUUGCUACUUUGUGUAUUUCUGAUA